AUGAUCUGUCGUGGUGUUAUCUGUCUUAUUUUACUUGUACCACUGUUUGUGGGAGAGGGACAAAGCCGCCCUCUUAUAAAUGACAUUAGUUCAUCAUCAUCAGAUGAUCAACUAGUUUCCAAUGGCAUUGAUGAUCAUCAAUCCCAUCCAUCUCCUCCUUUCCUAUACUAUCAUUCUGAUGAUAAUCAACCAUGUGAGCGCUUAUUCAGCUUCCUUCCCUGUACUGAUACCGUCGAAACUGGUUUGUUCCUCGUCGCACUCUAUGGAUACAUGCUAUUCAUAGGUGAGAGUCAUGUCACUAGUGGAAGAGAAUCACUUUACAUGAUCAUUGGCAAUGGUUGGUAUGGUUCUAGCCUCUUCCACAUUUUUGGUGUUCUACCUGAGGCCACUGUCAUUCUUUUCUCUGGGCUUUUUAAGAGUAAAGAGGAGGCUCAAGAAAGGGUAUUCACUGGUGUGGGCUUGCUGGCUGGUUCAACCAUCACCCUUCUGACUUUAAUAUGGGGGACUUGCAUUCUUGUGGCUAGAAAUGAUAAAACUUCCUCUUCUACUUCUAAUCAAUCAGAAGCUUCAUCUCCUCAAAACUCACAGAAUGGAAGACAAAUAAGAUCCUUUUUGACUAGUUGUACUGUGACUACUGAUAAGGAAACCAGUAAGCUAGCAGCAAUCAUGGUUCUAUCUAUGGUCCCAUUUAUUAUCGUGCAACUACCGGAAAUUUUUAAGUCAAUUCCCUCUGGAAAUACUGUGAUCUUGAUUGCUCUUAUUACUAGCAUUGCCUUCCUUCUUUCCUACUUCAUCUAUCAGGAAAUCACACCCUGGAUUCAAAUGAGGAAAGUAGAAUAUGUGAAGCAAAUAUAUCUAGUGAGAGAUAUUUUGAAGCUAAUUCGGGCAGUCGACCAAGAUAACGACGAGGCAAUAUCAAUCACUGAAUUCCAAGAAGUGCUCAAAGGACUUAAGAUUGGAGAUAUGGACACUAAGAAAGCAAUAGAGAAGCUAAUGAAGGAAUUUGAUGCAGAUGGUGAUAAUAAGAUUGAUGAAACAGAGUUUAUAAAUGGACUCAAGAAAAUGAUGGAAACAGCAAGGAAUAUGGUUGAAGAUAAGUACUCUGCCCCAGAAGAUCUUCCAGAUGACAAGGCUUACCAGGAAAUUUGGCAUGAAGUUGAGACUGAUGAGUUAGUGGAAAAGAACCAAACAUGGACUUGGAUAAAAGCUGUGUUACAAUUAUUGUUUGGAAUGAUCAUCUUAGCUUUGCUUUCUGAACCUCUUGUGGAUGCUGUUCAAGGCUUCUCAACUGCUGCAAAUAUCCCACCUUUUUUCGUCGCAUUUGUGGUUGUCCCCUUGGCUACUAACUCAAGAGAGGCACUCUCAGCAAUUAGCACUGCUAGCCGCAAGACACCAAGAACUUGUUCUUUAACUUUGUCUGAGAUUUACAGUGAUAUAUCUUCAUGAAUAAUCUCAUCGGCUUAUCUGUAUUUCUAACGAUUGUUUAUGCUCGGGGCU